UUUCAGUAGACCAUCGCUCAGUUUAGUUAAGUCUGCAGUGCAGUGCAGGCCACUCACAACACAACUGCUCUUACUGCUGGACGUCGGUCUGAGACCAGUGCAGUAUUUCUUAACUCUGAACCACCUGCUUCAACUUUAUUAGGAGCAGCUAGCAAGAACUGAAGCUUUGCCGUCUGAAGGAAACAUGGAUAUUUAGCUGCUUCAAGUGAAAGCAUCUGUAGAGCUGCGGCCUCUAAACGGCCAUCAUGGGGAAUGUGAUGACGCAGGAAAAGACAAACCCAGAGCCAAACAACUCUGAUAGCAUGUUUAAAGACUGUGACAGUCUUGUGGUGCUCUCUGAUUAUCCAUGUCGAGACAUUAGUCAACCGAUCUUUAAGAUCGGGGAAAAACUCAAAGGUCUUUCUGAAGAGGGUUGCUGGUGGAAAGUACGUUCUCUUCAACAAGGAACUGAGAAUUACAUUCCGAGUAAUUAUGUGGCAAAGGUUUAUCACGGAUGGCUGUUUGAGGGAAUUAGCAGACAAAAGGCAGAAGAGCUUUUGUUACUGCCUGGUAAUGGUUUUGGAUCAUUCCUUAUAAGAGAAAGUCCACAAGAGAGAGGUGUAUAUUCUCUCUCUGUGAGACACAGGACCAUAAAGCACUAUAAAAUAUUCCGUCUGACUAAUAGCUGGUACUACAUCUCCCCACGGCUUACCUUUCAGUGUCUGGAGGACAUGGUCAAUCACUACUCUGACUCAUCAGAUGGUAUAUGUUGUGCUCUCAGCACUCCGUGUCUGGCUCUGUCCAACCCUGUGCCGAGCACAACCCUGGAAAGGCCACCUGUUGUAAUGCGCCGUAACUUGGAUUGGAAGAAAGUGAAUAAGUCACAGCUGAUGAGCCCAAGCGAGCUGGAUAACAUGGACAGCAAAGAUAACAUGAUGAGCUACGGUGUGAGGAGCAGCAUAGCUGCCUAUCUGUCUUUAGCAUCAGCACCUGAGCUAGAGAACAGCAAAGGCCGCAAGAAGAAGGGGAAGUCUGUCUACGUGAUGACUGACCACAGUAAUAUAACUGAAGAUGAAGACUAUUAGUGUAUGACCAUAGACAUUUAAUCUACUGACACAUUGCUAUGGACUGUAAUAUUUUUGCACUGGGUCAAGAUAAUCUUUCGCAUACAUGUCCAGGUCACUUUUCUAUGGAAGCCGUUUCUGCCAUGGAAAAACAUUUUUUGUAAACAUUUUUUUAAACAUAUAUAUUUUUUCCUUGCACUUCUGAGUUUACAUUUCGCAAUUAUGGUAGAAAUAAAAAGACUGUUGCCUUUAGGUUCUGUGAUGGAACAGGCUUUCAUAAAUUUCACCCUAAAAUCAAAUAGAAACAAAGUACCCAUUAUUUUUAUAUAUGACAGUUGUUCACAUGUAGGCUACUGUUAUGUGUUUGGAUGUUUACUCUUGAACAUUUAGUGAUUAGAUUCUUAGUAAUGUAUUGUUUUAUGUUAUUAAAUAUUUAUUAAUUUUAAUUUUAGGGUGAAAUAUGACCCAGACCUAUUCCUUAUGUGCUUAUGUGAGAUUCACCCUAUUGCGAUUUCAGUAUGUUUCACAAUUAAAGAAGAAUGUUGACUCCCUUCUUUUUUCUUGGUUUACUUUAUAUAGUCGAGCACCUACAGUGACUUUUUGAGGAUAUGUGCAUUUUUUUAACUUCACUGUGAAUCAUGUAGUUUCUUCCUUAUGAACACUGAGCCAGUUAAUAAGUAACGCAGCAAUAGCAUGUUAAAGGAACAAGUUUUAUUGCUUUUUUUUAUUUUUGGGUGUGUGAAAACUUGUAAACACUUGUAAUUUAAUGUACAUAUGUCUUUAUCGACGAGCCACUGCUAUCUUUCUUCAGACUAGUUGGAAGCAUGUUUAAUUAAAGAAAUGAGAGGUGGGAGACCUUC